AUGCCAAUACGAAACAACACGAUACGACGUAAGAGCGACAGCACAACGUUGUGGCCAAACUUCAUAUUCAAACCAUGGUCGGGUCGAUGCACAACGGGUUCUUUUCACAUUCGACUGGUAUUUUUUGUAAUUUGCAUUUUUAUUCAUGGUACUACGGGACAAUGGCCGAGUUACGAAGGUGGGUUAUUGUAUGGGGGUAUAGGAAGUGAAAUUUUAAAAGUUUUUUGAGGAUAUGAAGGAAACUAUAUUGUUUUUAGCUUGUAAAGAAAGUUUUUGCUAUUUUUUGUUUUGUAAGGAAAGUUUUUGCCGUUUUUAGUUUUGUAAAAAUAGUUUUUGCCAUUUUUUGUUUUGGAAAGAAAGUUUUUGCCAUUAUUUAUUUUGUAAAGAAAGUUCUUGCCAUUUUUUGUUUUUUAAAGAAAGUUUUUGCUAGUUUUUGUUUUGGAAACAAAGUUUUCGCUAUUUUAUAUGAUUUUUAUAUUUUUAGUGGCCAACGCUCGCUUUCCUGGUCAAUGCGACGAGCAACAUCACUUCGACUGUGGCUUCAUUGGGGAUCACAAAUGUAUUCCGUUGAGUCAAGUACACGAUGGAAAACAGGAUUGUCCGGACAAAAGCGACGAGUGUAAGUUGAGACUGGGUUUGGAAUUAAGUUUUGUUACCUAAAAAUUAUUUUUUUAUUUUUAAAAUUUAUUUAAAAACAUUUUUUUGAAAUUUUGAGUUUUUUAGUUUGUUCAAAUAAUUCUAAGCCUCCUAACUCUGAAAAUUGCUUUGAGCAGGGGCGCAGAAUUAUUUGAACAACAUAAGAAUUAAAAAAUUUUUUUUUUGAAUUUUAAAAUUUAAAAAAUAUUAAAGAAGAUGUUCGUUAGCCGUAUUUAAAACAAAAUGAAAUAAAUUUUCAGUUUGCUACCCGGGUCAGAUAAUGUGUGGCCAAUAUUGUGCCAAUUUGGAACAUUUGGCCGAUUGUUUGACAAACCCAAAAUGUGAUGAUGAAGGAGGGCCAAAGUUUGUGUUACAGCCAUCUUUCUGUCCUAAUUUGAGUGAGUUUCUACAAUUUUUUGAAUUUUAAAAUUUUUUUUUAUUUUUUACGUUGCACUGUGCAAUUUUUAUGAUUUAAGUUUGCACUGUGCAAAAAAUUUUCUUGUUACCUAAAAAUUAAUUUUUAAAAAAAAUUUGAAGUAAAAAAAUUAAAAUUCGUGGAAAUUUGUUUUAUUUUUACGAAACAACGAAAAAAACCUAAAAAAAAAGUCAUGUUUUGGUUUCUGCAGCCUGCAGGUGACAAGUUAUACGAUGAUUUGGUAUAAAACAGAAAAUGAUCAAAUCUUGACCAAGAUAAUGUCAAAUCUGAUCAAGGCUAAUAUAAAAAAUGACUUUUUGGCAUAAAAAAUUACUUUUUAAAAUUUUAGAAAGAAAACUAUGUCGCUUACCCAACACUUUACCAUGUAAAGGCUAUGGUGAAUGUGUGUUCAGUCAUUGGUUCCUAAACAAUCGAACCGACUGCUUCGAUGGUUCGGAUGAAGAUCCUGAAUAUGCAAAUUUGUUUUUAUUGGCCAGAAAUCACUUUCAACACAUUGUACCUCAAGUUGUCUCAUCUGGAGGGUCGGCCCAGCUUUUGGCUGAAAGUAGUACCAGUGGUCCUAUUGGGGGUAGUACUGGAAAUAUGGGUAAUGGUAGUAAUGUUAAUGGCUACUAUGGUAAUGCUAAUAAUGUUGGACAUACUGGAAGCUCUAUUGGUAGUGUUGGUACUGUAGGCACACAUAAUGGUACUGGUGGUAUUGGUUUAUAUAAUAGUAUUAGUGGUACAAAUAGAGGACCAAAUGGAAGUUAUGGAUAUAAUGGUACUAGUUAUGGGUCUUUGAAUGGCACUAGCCAACAUUUUGGCUACAACAAUAUUAAUGCUAAUGGUACUACAAACGGUAUGGCUCAUAGUAGUAAUUAUAGUAUUCAUACCGGACAAAAUGGUACUUUUUCUAACUCACUACUACCAUCAAGCAAUCUUAAUGGUACUGCUAGUGCUAAUCGACCAACUUAUGGCUAUCCAGGGUCUCCUGAAGGCAACAAACCAUCAAUUUUGGGUCAACAAGGUCAUGGUGAAUAUAAUGGUCAAGGUCAGUAUUACAGUACUAAUACUAACCAAAAUGGACAAUUUAACAACAAAUUCAAUCAAGGUGGUACUCGAAACAACGUGUAUGGUCAAAAUUUUCAAAAACCUGAAAAUGGUACUACUGGUACCAAUGGUGCAGCUGGUACCAAUAAUCAACAAAAUUAUGUUCUAAAUAAGCCAGGAGAGCAAGCACUGCAAAACCAACCGGAUUCGCAACAAAAAACGAUUGGAACUCAUGGAAAUUGGCUUCCAAGACCUCCGGGCAUAAUACUGCCACCGAUAUUAUUCACCACAACUACAGCACCUUUUGAUCCAUUUCAAAGGUUUGGGAUUACAAAACCAGGACAAGGACAGCAAGGAAUUAAUAGUAAGUUCAUUUGAUUGUUUUAGGAGGGAAUUUUGGGUAAAAACUGCAGGAACUUUCUUUACAGAAGGUAAAAUAGCAAAAACUUUCUUUACAAAACCAAAAAGAGCAAGAACUUUCAUUACAAAUUAAGAAAUGGCAAGAAAUUUCUUUACAGAACAAAAAAUGGCAAAAAUUUUCUUUACAAUACAAACAACGGCAAGAACUUUCUUUACAAAGCAAGAAAUGGCAAAAACUUUCUUUACCAUACAAGAAAUGACAAGAACUUUCUUUACAAAAAUAAAAUAAUUUUUUUGAUGGUUCAACCUUUAUUUUCAUUUUUAGCGCUGUACCCAGGCCAACCAACGCUAAGACCAACUUUAUAUCCAGGACAAGUCUUGCCAAAUGACAAUCAACAAAAGCUUGUCACUCCAGUAACAACACCAACGCUGUGGCCCAUAUAUGGAACUUUUGAAACGACCAAGGAGUACGAGGGGAAGUAAGGAAGAAUUUUGAAAUUUUGAAAAAUUGAAUUAAAAAAAAUUUUUGCCAUUUUUAUAUUACCUAUGUUUCAGACUCGACGAAUUUGGUGAAGUAUUUGGCAGUCAAACUUUAAAACCAUCGUUUAGUACCAUGAGUACCAUUCACAAUAUCCCAACACCAAAUCAAAAUCAGAAUCUACCGUACUCUCAAAAUGCCAAUGGACAACAGUACCCUUAUGGCCAGCCUAAUCAGUAUCCUGGAAGUCAGAAUUUACCCUACUCUGGAAUUCAAAACCUACCCUACCUUGGAAGUCAGGGUCUGCCUUAUCCUGGAAACCAAAAUUUACCCUACCCUGGAAGUCAAAACCUACCCUACCCUGGCAACCAAAAUCUACCCUACCCUGCAAAUCAAUACCCUCAGCCUGGCGUUCGCACAACGUUUCGACCGUAUCAACCGUCUCCAGAAACCUGGAUUGUGAUGAAUACGAAGCAAGAUGAGCCAGAAACAGCUACAGGUAUAUCAACCGACCUUCCGGCUUCACCACCGGCCCAACCCUUGAACCAGCCGGCUUGCUGUAGGCCUAUUACUUUAUGGCCAGGGCAGGUUACUGUACCACCUAAGCCGACUUUAUAUCCUGGACAACAAGUGUGGCCUGGCGGACAAAAUGGGCAAGUUGGACAAGGUCAGGGGCAAUCUGGUCAACUCGGACAAAAUGUGUGGCAGAAUGGACAAAUUGGACAAAAUUUUUGGCAAAAUGGAGAACCAGGCCAGAAUGGACACCUUGGGCAAAAAGCACAAAAUAUUGGGCAAAACGGACAACUUGCGCAAACCUUGUAUCCAGGGCAAAAUGUUGGACAACUUCCACAACCAGCUCCGACUCUAUUUCCAGGUCAAAUUACAGUACCCCCAUUGCUUCCACAGACUGUCACAGCACCCCCAGCUGUCGGACUUGCACCAUUUUUGGCACCAGGCCUUUUACCGUAUCAGAAUUUGUAUCCACCUCAAGGUAAAGGUACUUUAUAUCCAGGACAGGGCGUACCAACAUUGUACCCAGGACAGGGUAUACCUACAUCCUUCCCUGGACAAGGUGUACCUACUUUAUAUCCUGGACAAGUGCAGCAAGGACCUCUACCUUUUCGUCUUUUCACUACUACCAUAAUGCCUACCGUAUACCCGGGACAAAAUUUGGGUAAUAUUCUGGGUCAUCCUACUUUUAUACCAGGCCAAAUUACAGUAAAUGUGCCAGUUAACGCAUCAAUAGGGGUGGAUUACGGUAUUCCAAUAAGUACUGUAACAUCACAUCCUGGACUCAACUUUGCGACGAUUUAUCUACAUACUGAAGAGCCAGGGAAAGAAGGUACAGUAACUUCGAAAAAUGAUGAAGCUACUGUAAGUCCUACUACUGUAAGAUCAAGUUACGGUAUGGAAAUUACUUAUGGUCAAGAGAUGAAUCGACCGGAUGAAAGACCAUCGCAUACUAAUACAGUACCACCUUAUGAUCAACGUUAUGUUACAGUAACUGCGACCACAGAACUACCGUACACCACUACAGUAACGCCGAGGCCAAGACCUCUUCAGCCGGUCAAUGGAUUUCCUCAACAAGGCUUAUGGCCGCUGGUUAUACCACAUGCUCAUCGGCCUCCAGAGUCGAAUAAAUGGCCUCCGAUUCUGAUUCCACCUACCUACAUGCCUAUCGUAUCCACCUACCCACCUGAUACUGAGGCUGAGAAGUGGCCUACUGUAAAGCCGAUAUAUCCACACGAAAUUGGGGAGAAUGUUAAGGUAUUAGGUGGUGCUGAUGGUACACUCGGGGUUGGAAAUGGUACUACUGGUACUGGAAUUAAUCAAAAUGGUACUAUUGGUACAGAUAACAUUCAAAAUGGUACUGGUACAGCAACCAACGGCCAAAACACUGGUUACGGUAAUGACUUACGGUACAAAGCAAAUGAAACCCAUUACGGUAAUUAUGAAGUAACCGGCGCUACAGUAUCCUACAACAACACUGAUAGAUAUGGCAAUGAAAAUAAGCACGUAACAGAUCAGAAUGUCAACAUACUACCGGUUAUAGUACCAUUAAACGGUAUACGACCUUAUAAUGGACAGCCUAUACCUAAUAGCAAUGUUAAUAUACCACCAGAAGUUUGGUCUAGUACUGUAGGUCCGGUGGCUUAUACUGAGAUUGGAGGAUAUCAUACUGGGCAUACUGGAGAGUACCAGGGAUCAACAUACGACAAUACGGGGCAUGGUACUACUAAUGGAGAGGGAGGUACUGGUAAUACUGUGGUUGGUACUGGAAGUCAUGAACUUGGUAUUGGUAGUACUGUAAUAGGUACUGGGUAUACUGUAGCUGGUACUGGUGGUACUGGAGGUACUGAAAUUGGUACUAGCGGGAUAGAAAUUGGUACUGGACGUACUGAAGCUGGUCUUGGAGGUGCUGAAACUGGUACUGCAGGAUCUACAUAUACCCAUACUGGCACAUACGAAGCUACAACAGACAAUAGUGGUACUGCUGGUACUGGUUACGCUACAAAUACUGUAUCAACUCACGAAGAAUCUACAGUAUCAAGUGAUGUAACAUCAUAUGGUAGCUCAAACUCAUACCAAGGCUCUACGUACGAACCAUCAACAUACGAAGCUUUUACAUACGACUACAGUACCAACGUCCCAUCAGUAACUUUCCCAUCAUACAAUCCAGAUAAAUGGCUUCAAAUCGUACCGGCUACAGUAAUCGCCUCUAUGAUCGGUACCCGCAAGUACGACGACUACAACUGCCAAGAUCGUAUCAGUAAGAUGAGCAAAGAUACCGUAUUCAAGUACGACUGUCAAUGUCCACCAGGUCAAAUGAAAACCAACGAUGAGGUUUGCGUACGAGCACCAGUAUCGUCCUAUUCGGUACGAGUCAAGAACAUUUGUAACAAAGAGUUUGGCGGCACAUCGGAAGAUGCUUCACUAAUAGCGCUAAUGGUACUAGCCAAUGAUAUUGAUGUACAUUCGUGUGUUAGAGACAGAAGUGAGAAGGAUAUUGUUAUCAAUACGGUAUGUGACGACUGCACGGUAGAGACGUUGAGUACGGAGCUGGAAAAGAAGCAUAGAGACUUUCCGGAUGUUGACAUGGAGAUCGUUGGUAAGGAUUUGAAAAAAGAUUUUUGUGAUUGUGAAAAAAAUUGAAAAAUGGGUUUAUGCAGUCGUUUGGGACAUGUUAUACGAUGGGUCCUUAACUUUUUAUAAAAGAAUGUUUGUAAAGAAAGUUCUUGCCAUUUUGUGUUUUGGAAAGAAAGUUCUUGCCUUUUUUUCGGUUUGUAAAGAAAGUUCUUGUCAUUUUGUGUUUUGGAAAGAAAUUUCUUGCCAUUUUUUGAUCUGUAAAGAAAGUUUUAAAAAUCUGUAAAUAAAGUUUUUGCCGUUUUGAGUAAAAAUAGCGAGUUUUUCAUUGUGAGCAGCUUGCGUGUUCCAAGUUGUACGAUAAAUAUACGUUUUUAAAAAAAGUUGAAAAAAGUUGUAUAAUACGGAAACUAAAGCACUUCUCGUAAUACAAAAUGUUAAAAAUACAAUUUCAGACUCACCAGAGAAGCUACAACAAUGUUCAUCAGAUGCUUUCAACGACUGUGAUGAAGGUGUAUGUAUACCUAUUGGGCUGAGGUAUACUUGUAUGUGCCGUAACGGCACUGUUGAUGUAAAUAAUGAUGGAAGAAAGUGUACUGCUGUUGGGUAUGUUAUUUUAUAUUGUUUUAGCAUAGUAAAAUGAAUUUGUAUUUUUUUUUAAAAUUUUUUGUGUGUAAUUAUUAUAUUAUAGUAGGUAACAAUUGAUAAAAAUGUGAAUUUUUAGAAAAAAUGAAUUAAUUUUACAAAUAGUGACAAGGUUUCUGAUUAGUAUUAUAAAAAUGAUAUUUCAGUUGUACUCGCUUCUUUGGCAUUUGCGUUAUUAUAUGGGUCAUACUAUUGUUACUUAUGUGUUGCAUGUUGCCAUGUAUAGUUGCGUUGUUGUGUUAUCGGUGCGGUUGUAGUAGAUGCGACCCGUUACUCGAGUAUUAUAAAAAAGUAAGUCCAUCCUUACCCAAACUUUGUUCUAUCUUAACUUAUCCUAAUUUACCUUGUCUUAACCUGCCUUACCCUACCCUAUCCUACCAUACCCUACUCUACGCUACCCUACGCUACCAUUCAAAAGCUACUGUACCUUAACUUAAAAUUAUUUUUUCAGACGAUAGGCCACCGUGUAGGAGACAUAGAAGCCAGUGCCCAGUCAGUCCGGACUGGUUCGCCAAUCCUUCAAGAACAUAAUGAGGGCCGCCCAAGAAAGCCAGAGCCAAUCGUAUCAGUAAUGCCAACGAAAAUAAUGUCAAAUGAUUACGAUCAACAAAGAACAUUCUACGACGAUGACUAUCAAGACGAAACCGAACGAACUGAAACUGGCACUCAAGGUGGACUGGUCUCCAUUGCUAGCAGUGAGGAAAGCGAGCUGGGCAUUGUGAGUUUUUUUUGGUUUGGUGGAGAUACUAACUUAUUUAUACUAACAGUCAAAACAAUAGUUACUUGUAGUGAUAGUUGAAGAGUGAAUACUUAAAAUUAUGGUUGUUAGCUAGUAUUUUUUAAACAUUUUUUUAAAAACCACUUUUAUAAUACUUUAGCUUUAUAAAGCUUUACUAAUUUUUAAUUGAAAAUUUAAAAAAGAAAUAAUUAACAAAAAUUCUAUGGUUUAUAUAAUGAACAUGUAUAUAGUGAUCAUGGCUUAUGUAGUGCACAUGACUUAUCUAAUGCAAAGCUACUGAUUUUGAACUGAAAGUGAGGUCAAAUAAUUUUUAGUUGAUAUGGCUUUUUAAAGAAUAUGAAAGAUUUUUUUUAAUAUUCAACAGGGGAGACCAUGUUUAACUUUUUUUUUGGAAAAAAAAUUUUAAUGAGUAGAAAUUAAAAAAAUUAAAAAUUAUACUACUGACUAUAGAAUAUGAUAACACAUAGCAAGAAAUAUGUGUUUUUAAAUUUUCUGUUUUGUACUUCGAUUUACACCAAAGUUAUGUGACUUCGAAAAUAUCUAAAAUUCAAAAAAGUUCGGAUUCUAGCAGAAAUUUUUUGAUUUUUUUGAAGUGUAUAUUAGGCCAAAACUUUAAAAAUACUUUUUUUUGUUUCAAAAUUUAAAUAAAGGGUUGUAUAUUUAAUAUUUUAUUGUAUGAACGGUUAAUGUCUACCUAAAAUUAACAGUUUUUAAUGGUUAUAGCGAAAAUUGUGCGUGAUUUUGAUUGGUUUUUCUAAAAAAUGUGAACUUUUAGCCUGGGCAGAACGUUAUAGCGAUAUUUUUUGAAAAGUUAAUUUUUGGAAAGUUGGACAUUGUAAGUUUAAAUGGCAGCAUAUUGCCUAAAAAUGAAGUUUUUUAAAAUUAAAAAAAAUUAUAUUUGAAAAUAAAAAAAAAAUUAGUAAAAUACGUCUUGUAAUUUAUGCCAUUUCCAACUUUUUUUUUAAUUUUACAAUCGAAAAAAAAAUGCAAAAAGUAGUAGCCAUUGAAGACCAUUCACUCCCAGAGUAUAAAACUGUGUUGGCGACAAAAUUGCCGGAAGUAUAACAAUAAACGGACAUUCCUUUUGCUGUUUUGGACACUUUAUAUUGUUAAUUCGUUGCAGCCGGGCCAAGGACUGGAACAGACCACCACCACGGUGGAGGUGCACGACGAAGUGACCGCUUCAGCGGACGCCAAAAGAGAUAGUUUGAGUGGCGAAUCGCGGGCGGGUACACCAACCUUAUGGGAAAAGUAUCAGAUUCUGGGCGAACAGUUCGUUAAGGAAGAGGAAUGUAAGUUCGGUGGGGUUUUUUGUGACUUAUUGUACUUUGCAGUAGUCUAGCAUACCCUACCCUACCCUACUCUACCCACCCUACCCUACCUUAUUCUACCCUUCCCUUCUCUUCCCUACCCUACUCUUUUCUACUCUAUACUAGCCUAAGCUGCUCUAUCUUAUCCUAUUUCACCCGACUCCUCUCUACCCUACCUUAUCCUUCUCAACCAUACCCUAGUUUACUAUGCCGUACUUUACUUUACCUCAUCUUACUCUGCCAUACAAUACUCUAAGAUGCCAUACCCUGCUUUACUCUACCCGGGUAUACUUUUUUAUACUUUACCUUACCCUGCCUUACUCAAUUCGGCUUUACUUUGCCGUACCCUACCUUACUUUACUUUAUCUUAUCUGACUCUGCUCUACUACAUCUCUUACCCUAUUUUUCCUACACUGGCGUGCUUUGCUAUGGCUUGCUUUAUUUUAUUAUUUGCCAAUUUAACUUCUGUUUUGAUAAUCAUAAUCAGGAUUUGGCGUGUCUUUUUUAUCUUUAUUGGCAUCUUAGAAAAAUUUUUUUAUAAAGGUUCAAAGACAAGCUGAUUAUAGUCCGUAUUAUACAAAAAAUAGUUUUAAAAAUAUUUUUUUAUAAACUUAAAUUUUGCUUUUCAGACCCCCUAAACAGUGAAUCAAGCUCGUUGGACUCGUUAUUUGCUCGUUAUCAAGAGAAAGAGCUGCAUCACUUUAUCCAGCAGAAUCCUCAUCUUUUCAUUGAACCUGUCAAUCUACCAGGCCAAGUUCCUCAACCAUACGUACCUCAACUACCACUCAUUCCUGGUCGACCUUCUACUUCAGGUAUCAAUCAAGUUGGUGCUGCUGGCCAAUUAGGAACCUCUGGUCAAGGUCGAGUGGGCGCCUCAGGUCAAGUCCUUAACCGAGUUGGGAGCACAGGUCAGAUACAAACUCGAGCUGUGGGAAAGCCAAGUCCACUGCUACAGAGCAUUAGUAGACCCAACUCUAUACCUACUCUCAACCCUAUACCUCCAACUCCAUUGGCCAGUGCUUCUGAGGACGGCACGGUAAAGGACGGUGGAAAAGAUCAAUUUUUGUUACUCCAGGGUCAAGAUAAAUCAAUAAAAGGUCAAGACACAGCUGUACAAGGACAGAAAGACACACUUCAACCCGAGCCUUCAGAUGCCGGAGCAUCCACCCCCAACAGUGAUGUCACCACGUCUAUGAACAUUGAAGAAGCCAUAGCAUUCGCCGAAGCCAUAACACGAGAAUCGAAGGAAAAUCGACCGGAUUCAGACGACGACAGCACGUCCGUCUCGACCAUAGCGGCUAGCGACAAGUCGGACGAGCUCUUCCAUCUACCUCAACUUGAAGGUGACUUUGACAUCGGAGAGUUGGUGGGAGACGUCAUCGAAGGUGUGGAACGUGAAGGGCCUGGUAGUGUGCGUGGGUCGAAGCACGGUUCGCUAGCUGGUUCCAAGCAUACUUCUGUAGCCGGCUCAAAGCACGGUUCAGUUCUUGGCUCAGUACGUGGCUCUAAAGCAGGCUCGGUACCUGGUACCACGAGGGAGUCAAGACAGAGUACGGGACCAAAGUCGAUUCUACGUAUGCCUAUACCAAAAAACGACCAGUCGGCAGUCAACAGGGCCCAGAAGACGAACAAGACCUCUGCGAUGACUGCCGCCGCGAACUCACGUUUGGCUAGAGAUUCGAGGAACGUUGGAGCGUCUGGUGCAGCUGGGACUUCAGGAGCAUCGGGCACCCGAUCGACUUCUAGACAGCUUCAAGGAACUUCAGGCCAAGCUCAAUACACAUCAGCAUCAAAAUCCCCAGCUCGCGCCCGAGCCAACGAAGCCGCCAAUGCCAGAAUGAAGGCUCAACAAGUCGGAACAAAACCUCCAGUACCAGCGGCCGCAAAACGAGGCGUGGCCGGCCCAAGUCGUGUAGCCGCAGUGCGAAGAGAACAGAUAUCUCAGCGAAGGUCUACUGUCCAACAAAAAGUUGAUAAAUCAAAAGUUCUGACUAAAAAAUCGACCAAAAAUCAACCAGAUUCAGAUGACGAACCAAUAGCAAGUGCCUCAGGAUCACUGCCACCCUCAAACAGAAGCAGAAAAUCAAUAUUAUCAAGGAAGACGUCGUUACCCAGCUCCAAAGACGAAAUACCUAAAAUCACAGCCUCAGAUUUUAUGAUUGGUGAUAUUGAUCUAGACCUACCUGGGCCUCAUAUUGUACCAGCGAGUAUUGAUGAUAUUAAGAAUGGACGGGUAUCGAGAGAAUUGAGCAAGAAUUCGUUGCGAGACACAGAAGAUGCUCAUGUGGAAAAGAAGAAGCGAUUGGAGGAGAGUGAUGCCAGCUCUGGCGAUGGAGUUACGGCCGCUAAUAAGAGGUUACCUCAGCUGGAUCUAAAGGAUGUUGAUGUAGGUUUUGAAGGGGUUUUGGUUUUUUUUUCGGUGUUUAACUUUUAUUUUUGUUUUUUUUUAAAUUUUACUUUUUUGAAAUUUGAAAUUUUUUUUUAAAUGUUAAAAAUUUUUUUGCCAGUUCAUUUUAUGCUAGUUAUCCUUCCCUUUCAGCCCUAUAAACGUCGUUUUCUCCCCGAAUCCGAUAUUUUUUCCUCGGUUCAUCGUGUGUAUCGUGUUGAUGGUGAUGGUCGUUUAAAGGCGGAGCCUUCACGGUUCCUGCGCGACCGUCGUAGCCGGACUUAUGAUUCCGAGCUGGAAAUGAAUCGUUCUUUGGAUUUGGCGGCACGGAACGCCCGAAGUCAUAGCCGAAACUCGAGAUUCUCGAGGAGUUUGAGGGCUGGAAAGACGUUUGCUACUGAUGAUGGAAGGGGUGCCAGGGCACGGUUUGGGUAUGGUACCAGUGGUACACAUGCUGCUAAUCAGCCUAGUACUAGCAGGGCGUAUAUUACAGCCCAACCCAGCACCAGUAGAGCCUACAGCAAACUACCCAUUAUUGGUAGAACUUUUGACCCUACGGGUCCAUACGGCACGAACGCCUACAAUAGUCCCAGCACAUCAGACGAGUACGAUCAAAAACGACCUUAUGGUAGAGGCCGGUACCUGGACACGAUUGCUGGUCGUCCUGUCCACAUACGAUUUGAUGGAACGUUGAGAACACGACCGGAACAUCAUAUUUCACGCGGAUUGCCUCGAGUAGGAAAUUAAAUGCAGGUUUUAUAAGUAGUUCAAAAGUUUUGUUACUGUAGUUUUUAGUGGUGGUUACUGUAUUUUUUGAUUUUUUAAAAAAUAUUUGUCAUUUUUAUAUACAGUAUUUUCUCAGUUUAUUUUUUUUUUUAAAUAGGAAAUUUUGGCUUUUUUUGCUUUGUAAACAAAGUUUCUUCAAAUUUAGAAACGUAAUUCUUAUUUAAAAUUACAUUAUAGAUAUUAAUAGUUAAUAUACCAAUCAUUUUUACUCUAAUUUAAACUAGUUUUACUGAGUUCCGACCUAUUUUCUUGAGUUACCUUAAGUUUUUCCUUUGUUCAGGUCGCUGCUUCAACUUCACACAAUGCCAUUCCAGACAGAAAUCUAGCCCAAACAACCCAUCUAACCCAUCACCAAGAUACCAAACAACAUACCAAUAUUCAUCAUCAUACACAUGUGAGUCGAGAAUGUGAGGAAAAUGCGAAACGUGAAGAAUUCGACCAAAACGACCCGAAACACGACGUGAUCGAGGACAAAGUUCAUGAACAUUGUUUGACCGACCGAAAGCCUUGGGAUUCGUCACCGCUACGUGAAAGCGAGCUCAAAGCAAUACCUUUGGAUUGGAAUAUAACCAAUUCGGAAUCCUUGCUACAUGGUUUGGAGAGGCGACGAUCAAAAAGUUAUUCCGAGAUUUUGAUGCGAAAAUCUUUGCCGAAUAUUUGGAGCGACGAGGAUUCUGAAGGAGUGUAUGAUUUGAGAAGAGAGAAGACUAUGACUGAUGUUAAGGAUUGUCCGUUGACUAAGAUGGGAGUACCUACUGACGAGUACCAGUUCAAAAAGAUGAAGGCUUUGGCUGAAGAAGGGCUUUCUGGUACUGACUUGGCUGAUGAACGUAAAGUUGGUACUAGUGGUGUUGUUGGUACGUAAUUUUUUGUACAUUAGGACUAAAGAAUAGUAUCUUUGAUGUAGUUGGGAAAUAGUAUUAUACUCGGUACUACUGGUACAGUAACGAAAUUUUUUUACUUAUACCUUAAGCCUUAAUGGCCUAAAACAACAUACAGCUCAUUUUUAUGACACUAAAGGUUAAAAUUGUCAUUUUUUGUCUUAAAUAAAAAUUAAUUUAAUAAACAAUUAAAAAUGUCAUAAUUUAAAAUUUUCCAGGACCUCAUAGCCACCAAAAACUUCCAAAACUACCAGAAACCACAGCAAAGUUUACGAUAGUACUACCUCCUUCAGGUAGUACUAUUUUACCCUCAAGUGCUAAGAUGAAGUUACCCAUGCUGGGUAGACCGAGAAUUCAACCAGAAAAACCUCGUCGUCAUAGCAUGCUACCUAAAAAUUCGUAUGUAGCUUCUAAAUUCGGUGAAAGGGUUCCUCAUUUGCCACCGGUCGAAAAUCCUGAAGAGAGAAAGAAGUGGAUGGACAACAUCAAAUCUUCUCUUAAUUCAAAGCUUUAUUAA